UCUUUGACGUGGUUGCGAGACUCGAAUUACGUCAAUCGUGCCAUCUGCCAUCGACGACGACGAAAAGCCUCGAGACCCCGACCUCUUCGAUCCCAACAGAUCCAACUUCGUGAUCCCAUCUCCCGCCCGUGCCAGUACCAAGCAGCCAGCCAGCUCUUGAACUCGCGACUGGACAAGAACACCACGCCCCAAACCCCUCCCCCCCCCCCAAAAAAAAACAGGACAGACAUAGAAGAUGGUCGGGCGCGCUCACAAGCCCACGGCCCUGGCCAGCACGCCGGGCCUGCCACCGCAGCCGCAGGUGACCUUUUCCGACGACAACUCGCGCGUCACGGCCGUGCUCCCCACGGGCGAGAGCCUCGAGGUGCUGCUGUACGGCGCCACUGUCAUCAGCUGGAAGGACGGCGCCGGCGAUGAGAAGCUGUGGCUGAGCGACGCCGCCAAGCUCGACGGCACUAAGGCCGUGAGAGGAGGCAUUCCCCUCGUCUUUCCCGUCUUCGGCACGGCCCCGGACCACGCGCAGACGUCCAAGCUGCCGCAACACGGGUUCGCGCGCACGUCGCGGUGGGAGUUUCUGGGUAAGUCGACCUCGGAAUCCGAGUCGGCGGGGGGAGCCAAGGCUGCCGCCUCGUCCUCGUCCUCGAAGGCUACCGCUGCCGCUGCCGACCAGUCGGUCAAGCUCGACUUUGGGCUCAGCUCGGCCAAUCUGGACGACAAGACGCGCGCGCUAUGGCCGUUCGCCUUCAGCCUCAUCUACGGCGUCACGCUCAACCGUGACAGCCUGACCACGAGCCUCGUCGUCACCAACGACGAUGACAAGCCGUUCGACUGCCAGGUGCUGCUGCAUACGUACUUGCGCGUCGAGGACAUCUCCAACGUGAGCAUCACGGGCCUCGACGGGGCGUCGUACGUGGACAAGGUCGAUGGUGCCAAGACCAAGACGCAGUCGUCGGGCGCCGUGCAGAUCACGGGCGAGACGGACCGCGUGUACACGCCGGCGGCGGCGCCCAGCGCGCCCGUGGUCGUCGUCGAGGGCGGGCGCGCGGGCUUCAGCGUGACGCGCGACAGCCUCGGCGACGUGGUCGUGUGGAACCCCUGGGCCGACAAGGCGGCCGCCAUGGCCGACUUCGCGCCCGCCGACGGCUUCCGCCGCAUGGUCUGCGUCGAGGCCGGCUCCGUCGCCGACUUCCAGACCCUCGAGCCCGGCGACGCCUUUGAGGGCGCUCAGACCAUCGCCAUUGGCUCGCGUGCUGCUGCCGCCUGAGGGUGGCGGUGGCCGCCGCGGCGCUGUCGCUGCUGCGCGCCUUGUCGUGCCGCCGCCGCCGCCGCCGCUUCUGCUUCCUGCUGCUGCUCCGAGAACCUGGCUCGGUUGUGAGAGAAUAUGCAACGGGCUGAACGAGCGAGCGAGCUUGAAGCUAGUGACUAGCGUCGGUGUGGCGGCAGCGGCGGCGACG